CGCCUUCUCUUCUGUAGUGAUUUACUAUUACUCUCUCUCAGAGUGCAAAUUGAAUCGAUCUUGGCCUCUCAACGAUCCAUUUCUUUCCCCCUAAUUUUCCUGCUCUUUCCGGGAAAACUUUACCAGAAGAUUUUCCGGAGCGCCAAACACUGAGCUCUCGCUAUGAUUUAGCCUUCCUUCGACUUCUCAGGACUGUGCGUUAAAGAGGAACGCCAUGGGAUGUGCUGGAUCGUCGGAGAGCAGAGGAGAUGGCACAGUGAAGAAGAUCCAAAAGCCAAAACCUUGGAAGCAUUCACCACAGAUAACAAAGACUCAACUUAUGCAAAUGCGUGAGGAAUUUUGGGACACUGCACCUCACUAUGGUGGAAGGAAAGAAAUAUGGGAUGCACUUCGUGCUGCUGCUGAAGCUGAUCUAACACUUGCCCAAGCAAUUGUGGACAGCGCAGGGGUCAUCUUGCAAAGUGCUGAUUUGACAGUAUGUUAUGAUGAAAGAGGUGCAAAAUAUGAACUACCAAAUUAUGUUUUGAGUGAGCCAACGAACUUGGUUCGAGACACCUGAUAACUGAAUGCAUAUUGGUAGUUGCUUUUGUAAGCCCAAAUGUAUAUCACGUGUAUCAUUCUACUCAAGCGGUUGAUUGAUAGGGAUCUGGUUCUCCUUUUGAUUUUGGAAACUUGCAGUAGUUUCUUAUGCUACCUGGGAAGCAUCGGCUUUUGCUAUUUCUGCA